AUGUUUGGUCUCUUCUCCAUCCGGCCUCGAGCCAUUGGGAGCUCCGGACUGUUUAAUCAGAUCCGGAAAGCCUCAUCCAAGCGCUGGCAGGCCCGUCAACAGAAGGAUCAAUUUACAAGAGAGGCAGCAGUGCAAGGCUUGAAAAGCCGAGCUGCGUUCAAGUUGUUACAGGUAGCCGUAAGCCGGACACAACCGAAUGGUCGAGUACUCGGCGUGGACAUCAUUCCCGCACAACCACCAAAAGGAGUCUCCACAAUCCAAGGAAACUUCCUUGCGCCUGAAAUCCAAGAAUACAUCCAAGACUUCUUGCGCAACCCGAACCGGGGUCGACCCCGCCAGCCCGGGGCCAUCGACGAUGCCAGUUCCAGCCUGCUUGAGCCAGCCGACGUAGCAGAAGCCGAUGCAGCACGACCCGACGAUGCGAAAAUGGAAAGGACGGUGGAUGUGGUUCUCAGCGAUAUGUCUGCUCCCUGGUAUCAGACAUCCGGUUUUUGGAAACGAAGUCUAAGUAAUCCCUAUCACAGGAUGAUGAACACCAGCGGAAAUAACUUUAGAGAUCACGCUGGGAGUAUGGACCUUUGUAAUGCUGCGUUACAAUUCAGUUCCAAGGUCCUUAAAGCAGGCGGGCAUUUUGUCUGUAAAUUCUACCAGGGGGCGGAGGAUAAGGAAUUGGAGAAGCAGCUUAAAGAUAUGUUUCAAAGGGUUCAUCGACUUAAACCUGAGUCAUCACGCAGCGUACGCCUUGUCCAUAUUCCUCAAAACUCCACCGAUCAUCGACUAAACAAAAGAAAUUGA